UUGAGAGAUAAUACUCGUAUGUGUAGAAAAAUAUAUAUUAAGCUGAAGCAAUUAUAGAAAACAGUAACUGAAACACAACAAUUAUUACUUUUGCUCUCAUCUGAAAAUAAAACAAAUAAAUUGUGAAUUUGUUAAAUUAUGGCGAAUAUAACAGCAGCGGUUAUAGCGAACCGCAAUAAAAAGCAUUUUCUUGGCGUGCCAGCUCCCUUAGGUUAUGUUGCCGGCGUAGGUCGUGGAGCCACUGGAUUUACUACUCGAUCUGAUAUUGGUCCAGCACGAGAUGCGAAUGACGUAUCUGAUGAUCGCCACGCACCACCUGCCUCAAAACGUAAGAAAAAGGAUGAAGAAGAAGAGGAGGAUGAAGAUUUGAAUGAUUCGAAUUAUGACGAGUUCUCUGGCUACAGUGGGUCAUUAUUUUCAAAAGAUCCUUACGAUAAAGACGACGAAGAAGCGGAUGCCAUUUACGAUUCUAUUGACAAGCGUAUGGAUGAAAAGCGUAAAGAGUAUAGAGAUCGUAGGCUAAGAGAAGAUUUGGAACGAUAUCGCCAAGAGAGACCAAAAAUUCAGCAACAAUUCUCGGAUUUGAAAAGAUCGUUAGCCACGGUAACUGCGGAAGAAUGGUCUAAUAUCCCCGAAGUGGGCGACAGUCGUAAUCGUAAACAGCGUAAUCCCCGAGCAGAAAAAUUUACACCUCUACCAGAUAGUGUAUUGGUUCAUAAUUUGGGCGGAGAAACAACUUCAGCCAUAAACCCCUCGUCAGGAUUAGCAUCAAUGGUUCCUGGAGUAGCUACGCCUGGUAUGUUAACGCCUACUGGAGACUUAGAUCUGCGUAAAAUUGGCCAAGCCCGGAACACGUUAAUGAAUGUGAAGUUAUCUCAAGUAUCUGAUUCAGUCACUGGUCAGACAGUGGUUGAUCCUAAAGGAUAUCUUACUGACUUGCAAAGCAUGAUUCCUACGUAUGGAGGAGAUAUUAACGAUAUAAAGAAAGCUCGUUUGCUCUUAAAGAGUGUUAGAGAAACUAACCCUAAUCAUCCACCUGCGUGGAUUGCCUCCGCCCGUUUGGAAGAAGUCACAGGAAAAGUGCAAAUAGCUCGUAAUUUGAUAAUGCGGGGUUGUGAGAUGAAUCCCCAGUCUGAGGACCUUUGGUUAGAAGCAGCACGUCUGCAGCCAAUCGAAACUGCUAAAGCGGUGAUUGCUCAAGCUGCACGACAUAUUCCCACUUCUGUGCGCAUUUGGAUCAAGGCUGCAGAUUUGGAAAUGGAAGUUAAAGCAAAGCGGAGAGUUUAUCGAAAAGCUUUGGAACACAUACCCAAUUCAGUUCGUUUAUGGAAAGCAGCCGUAGAACUAGAAAAUCCAGACGAUGCUCGAAUUUUAUUGUCUCGAGCCGUCGAGUGCUGCAACACUAGCGUAGAAUUAUGGCUAGCUUUAGCAAGACUUGAAACAUAUGAUAACGCUAGAAAAGUUUUGAACAAAGCUCGAGAAAAUAUUCCGACUGAUCGCCAAAUAUGGACUACUGCUGCGAAAUUAGAAGAAGCUAACAACAAUAUUCACAUGGUUGAGAAAAUUAUUGAUCGCUCGCUUACUUCUCUGGCAGCCAACGGUGUUGAAAUCAACAGGGAGCAUUGGUUCCAGGAGGCAAUAGAAGCAGAAAAAUCUGGAGCAGUACGUUGUUGUCAGGCCAUUAUUAAGGCAGUCAUAGGGAUAGGUGUAGAAGAGGAAGAUCGUAAACAAACGUGGAUGGACGAUGCGGAAUAUUGUGCGAAAGAAAAUGCCUUUGAAUGUGCGCGUGCUGUUUACGCUCACGCUUUACAAAUUUUUCCAUCCAAGAAAAGCAUUUGGUUGAGAGCCGCCUAUUUUGAAAAAAAUCAUGGUGCACGCGAAUCUCUAGAAGCGUUACUGCAAAAAGCUGUAGCACAUUGCCCGAAAUCGGAAGUAUUAUGGCUGAUGGGAGCCAAGUCGAAAUGGUUAGCUGGGGAUGUACCUGCUGCUCGAGGAAUACUUUCGUUAGCCUUCAAAGCCAAUCCCAAUUCGGAAGAUAUUUGGCUAGCAGCUGUCAAAUUAGAAUCAGAAAAUUCUGAGUAUGAGAGGGCUCGCCGCUUGCUAGCUAAAGCGCGUGGAUCGGCUCCAACUCCUCGUGUUAUGAUGAAAUCCGCACGCUUAGAGUGGGCUCUUGAUCGAUUAAGUGACGCCUUGCGAUUAUUAGACGAAGCUGUUGAAGUUUUUCCUGAGUUUUCUAAACUAUGGAUGAUGAAAGGACAAAUUGAAUAUCAGCAGAAGCGCAUCGAAGAAGCCAGUCAAACUUACAAUCAAGGCAUAAAAAAGUGUCCGUCUUCAGUUCCGUUAUGGUUACUUUCAGCUAACUUGGAAGAAAAUCGGGGUGCUCUAACUAAGUCACGGUCUAUUUUAGAAAGGGGUCGCUUGCGCAAUCCAAAAACACCUAAGCUAUGGUUAGAGGCUAUCCGUGUAGAACUGCGUGCAGGCCUUAAGGAGAUUGCGGGCACUAUGAUGGCGCGAGCGCUUCAAGAGUGUCCUAACUCUGGCGAGUUGUGGGCUGAAGCAAUUUUCAUGGAAUCUAAACCAUCAAGAAAAACAAAAUCUGUAGAUGCUCUCAAACGAUGUGAACAUGACCCGCACGUGCUUUUGGCCGUAUCAAAAUUAUUUUGGUCUGAACAUAAAUUUUCAAAAUGUCGGGAUUGGUUUAAUCGAACGGUGAAAAUUGAUCCUGAUUUGGGAGACGCUUGGACUUAUUUCUAUAAAUUCGAACUGCUCCAUGGUAGUGAAACUCAACAAAAAGAGGUAUUGGAGCGUUGUAUUGCAGCCGAACCGAAGCACGGUGAAGUUUGGUGUACGGUCAGCAAAAAUAUUAAGAAUUGGUGCUUUAAAACUCCUGACGUUUUAAAAGCUGCGAUCAAGGAGCUUGCUAUACCCAUAUAAGAUUUCUUUCAAGUUACUUAAAAAAAAAAGAAGAAAACUCAUUCUUGGCAUUACCAAUUGUAAUUAAGAAAUAAUUUUUAAAACAAUUUCGAUGGGUUGUUAAAGAAGUGCAUGUUUCUUAAGUUUUUUAAGCAAAUUUGCCAAAAGUUACUUUCCGUGAUGUAAAAAACCCCAAUAUCAAAUAUGAAUUUAAUAUUACAAAAAAGCGUCAAAUUAACGAUUUUUUUUUAAAGAUAAGUAUUCGUUUUUCGAGAAUUCAUCUUCAGAAUACAUUUUCAAAGAUAGAAGGUGAACUAAAUGUUGACCUUAAAAGAUCUGCUGAAGACCAUGUCAAGAUUAAAAAUGAAGAGCGACAUUGGAAGUGACCGCAUCCAUGCUAUACAAUUAUAGUAAAGUAUUCGUUAAUUUUAUGUGCAUGUAUUAGUAAAUUAUUACUUCUGCGUACGUAUUUAUAUAUUAACUAUUUGUAAAUAUCUUCAAAUACAUCAUAAAUAAAUUCACAGCGUCAUCUCUUACAAGCUACUAGCUAUUAAACCAUUAAAAAUUGUCGAACAUUUUCAAUUUACUUGAUGUU